CAACACCAAUAAAAAAAUGAUUAUAGUUGAACUUAUUGUUUUUGUUGAUUUUUAAUUUAAUCCAUGAACUCUGUUGCGCCAGGAUUUUGACAUUAUUAUUCUUUUCAUUAAAUAUCCAAGAGAAAUAUCUUCAUUAAAGAUGGCCUGUCAAAAGAGUUUAUGGAUACUCAACGCUUGGUGAACCAUGCCUUUAUGUCUCACAAGCAGGGGUUGAGAGCCCAGCACUUGGGUCUCCACAAGGCAAUUUGUGUUUUGAUGGGAUGGAAUAGUGUGGCCCCUGACACGGUUACAUGGGUUCCAGAGGCCAUUUCCAGUGCUGAAGCUUUGGCUCAGAAGGAGGACCUUAUAGUUUGGCCUCCAGUUGUUGUCAUCCAUAACAGCUCUAUUUUAGACAACAAUCCAGAAGAGCGGAAAGUCGUAACAGUUGAAGCGCUUGGCGAGUUCCUGAGAGGCAAAGGAUUUAGUGGUGGAAAGAUGAAGGUGUGCCUUGGGAAGCCUGCAAACCAUAGUAUUAUGGAGGUAAAGUUUUUGGGCACGUUUUCUGGUUUACAAGAUGCAGAGAAGCUUCACAAAUACUUUGCUGAGAAUAAGCGUGGAAGAAAAGAUUUUGAACGGAUAACUUAUGGCAGAAGCAAAAACAGCAGGAGCGAUAAAAGGGAAGGAGAAAUGAAGGGUGACGAAGUGGAGGAACUUUUGCUGUAUGGAUACAUGGGGAUCGCUGAGGACUUGGAUAAAGUUGAUUUUGAUACCAAGAGAAAGUGUUCGAUCAAGAGCAAGAAGGAGAUUCAAGACCUUGUCGAUGCUCCUGUCAAACCUGAAUGAGAGAGAGUUUAUCACAACUAAACAAUAUUUGCUACUAUUCUAGUUAUAAGUGGAUCUGGAGAAAAGGGUCGAGGCUUUUGAAUUUAUUCUCCAUAAUCUACUUCUUGUAGGUUUUUCGUUUUUUUUUUUUUACUGGUACUGAAUGAUUUUGACUUGGGGGAAAUGCAAGCCUACUUUUGAAACUACAUUACAGCACUAGUUGUUUGUGGGUUUCUCAUUCAGACAUACUCCCAUUGAUUAUGCAAUUCCUCUGGUAUUAAACCUCAGAUAAUGUGAAUAUUGUCCGCAAAUGAUGUUUUCUAACAAAUUUCUUUUUUGGAUACUUUGUUAUCA